AUGUUGCCCUUCUUGGGCUUGUGCUUCUCGGCUGCCUUUCUGGCCCGCUGUGGCAUGUACCAGUUGACUGGAAGAGCACAGCUUGCCUGUCCCCGCAACUACGAACCCGUCUGUGGGACUGACAACAUUACCUACCCCAACGAGUGCUCCCACUGCAGAGAAAUCCUCCGUCACCGAGCCAUUGACAAGAAGCACGAUGGAAGGUGUGUUAAGCUUGACUGUACUGGCCACCUGAGAUCAAGCAGUGGUCAAGCGAUGCCCUGCACCAUGGAGUACAUGCCUGUCUGUGGCACCAACGGCGUUACCUACAGUAACAAGUGCAAGUUCUGCAAUGCUGUGGCGAAUGGACUGGACAUAGACCUGCGCAAUGUUGGACAAUGCUUCCAGGAGAUUGACUGUGGCGACAGUCAAGAGAAGGGCAGCAAUCUCAUCUGCACCGCUGACUAUAACCCACUUUGUGGCUCCGAUGGCAGAACUUAUGGAAACAAGUGCCAGUUCUGCAAUGCAGUUUCGCGGAGCCAGGGAACUCUGUUCCUCAGACACUUUGGUGAAUGCUGA